AUGAAUAACAAAAUGAAUAACAAAAUGAAUACCAAUGAACAUGGAAAGAGAUCCGAUUCUAUGGAUCAGGACGAAUGGGUUCAGGCAGAAAUAGGCGAAACGAGUAACACAACAAAAAAUAUUUUCUUUCCUUCCUCGUUGAAGGGGACACACGAGGACGUGUGCAUAUCUAACCGCACGACGGAAAAUGAGAACGACAAGGAGGAACUGGCGGGUGGCUACCUGUCCUCAUCGGAUGGGUCCGCAAGGGAGUGUUACGAGGGGGCAGAGGAAAGGAGUGCCGACCCUAUCGCGUGCAGUCCUAACACUCAAUACAACCUCGCCGUGUCACAAAACGUAGUAGCUCCCGACGUGGACAAUUGCCCCGAUCCUACCCUUGACCGAGGACCCCCCCACGGGGAAGAGAAAAAAAAUGAAGUGGUUAAAAUAUGCAUCAGCAGCGUAGGUGGAAUGGGUGCACAGUCUUUUGUGAAUGGCCCCGAGGGGGGACAGGGCUCCCCGCAGUGCUACGACGAAAGGAUGCUGUCCCCCGUUUAUAAGGGCCAGGGGAAACACAGGGUUCAGGGGAGCGACAAGGAUAUCAUUAAGGACAGCUCUAAUCAACACACAAUGGAAUCCUCAACGAGCGAUGCAAAAAUGAACGCAGUGAACGAACUGAUGCGAAACAUAAGACAAUUCAACCACUCCAUGAAGUCCAUAUCAUCCACCAGUGAUACACUCUUCCAACAGAACCUGUCCAAAAUGUAUUCAGAACUUGCAUCUACUAAAAAUUUAGAAUCGCUCAGUGGGUUCUAUGAAGAGCUUCCUCUUACCACAACCACACCAAAGGAGGGACAACACAAAAACACACAUGAAGCACCAGAGGGGAAAGAAGCGUAUAGUGUCGCAAGUAUUUAUACGGACGAUUGUGACGAUUGGAGGAACCACACUAACUCCGCUGACGAGAGGGGGCAAGAAAACGCAAUGAACCAGAUGCGGCAAGACAACGCAAUGAAGCAGAUGCAACAUGACAUCACAAUGGACGAGGUGGAACAGGAGGGGAAGAAAUACUCCAUGAGUGAGAUCAGUCCUCUACAAUUAACAAAGAACGACUCCAAUGGCAUUUCCUCCACUCAGUGGGAACAAAUGAAAAGGAGCUUCUGCGACAUUGAGAAUAAUUUGAUGCAUCUGAGCAGGGCCAGCAUGGGCUCUACAACGGUGGGUUCUACCCUCAUGGACACUGCUGGGUUCGAGGCCGACGGGGCGGCGUACUCCACGCUAGACAUGGAGAAAUGGAAUUCACCCAGCGAGUUCUUUCCCACCAUGGACUACACGGUUCUUCACUCGAGGCAUAUAAACUUGGACGCCACCGCCUCGUACCAGCUGCCUGCAGUGAAGGGGGGAGUGAUCCCCCCAGGUGUGGCUUCCCCCGUAGUGAUCCCCUCAAGUGCGGCCUCCCCCAGAACAAAACUCACCAACCUCAACCUCGGCAAAGCCAACAACCUGAAAAGUAAUGCGUUUGCGAAGGAGGAGGAGCAGCAGGAGGGCGCGAGUGGCAAGGCACCACCCCGAGGGGAAGGAGCCAAAGUGGAGUGUAGCAAAAUGGACUGCAGCAAAGGGCCAAACGCCAUGCCUAAAGCCAAGUCGCCUAGAAAUGUGACGAGGGGUACAUCAAACAAAGCCGUUGUGAGUGCACCCAAAUUUGUAAAAAUAAAAAGUAAAGCAACAAGUGAGACUACGAAGACACCAAAGAUGAUGAAGCGGAACAGCGAAGGGUGUGGAAGUGCUAGUGGGGUCAAACCAGAGGGAGCAAAAGCUAGCACAACUCCCACCUCCUCACUUAAUACUACCACCACUUCGUCAGUGACGUCUUCAAACCAAGGAACAGCUUCCAACACACCUCACCAGAAUGGUGGGUCCCCAACACACCAAGCCAUCUCCACAUGCACAAGACAAACAAAUAAAAAUGAAAAAGGUGCUUCCACAGAAAAGGACCUAACAUAUAACAUGAAUGUGGUUAUUAGAUGCAGACCAAUGAGUGCUAGCGAAAAAAAUGAAGGUGCAAAAAAUGUAAUAAGAAUAAUGGAUAAUAAAAUGAUAGUCCUUCUAGACCCUUCCGAUAACUCAGAUAAUGUAUUGAGGCAAAAUAGAAGCCGAGAAAAAAAGUAUGUGUUCGAUUAUGUGUUUGAUGAAGCUAGCUCACAAGAGGAUGUAUACAUGAACAGUGUCAAGUGUUUAAUAGAUGCAGUGAUUGCAGGGUAUAACUCUACUGUCUUUGCUUAUGGAGCUACAGGGGCAGGAAAAACACAUACAAUUAUAGGACACAAAAAUGAACCCGGAAUUAUGAAUAUGAUUUUGAGAGACCUAUUUAAUAGAAUCAAACAGAUGGAAGUAAUGAAUGAAUACAAAGUCAAGUGUUCCUUUGUGGAAAUUUAUAAUGAAAAUAUAUGUGAUUUGCUGAACCCAUCAGAUGAAUACUUAGAUGUUAGAGAAGAUCCUAUUAAAGGAGUUACUGUCUCUAACAUCUUCGAAGUCUGUACUACAUCUGUGGAAGAAAUUAUGGAAUUAAUACAUACAGGAAAUAAAAAUAGAACCCAAGAACCCACAGAUGCAAACAAAACAAGUUCGAGAAGUCAUGGAGUUCUACAAGUAAUCGUAGAAGAAACAGAAAAGGGACAAGGCAUUUAUCAACAAACUAAAAGGGGAAAGUUAUGUGUUAUUGAUUUAGCAGGAAGUGAAAGAGCUAGCCAAACAAACAAUAAAGGAAUGAGACUGUUAGAAGGAGCUAAUAUAAACAGAUCACUUCUAGCCCUAGGAAAUGUUAUUAAUGCUCUUGUCUCUAGAAGCAAAGGAACAAGUAAAUCUAAUUUCAUACCAUUCAGGGAUAGCAAACUCACGCGAUUACUAAAAGACUCUCUUGGUGGAAAUUGUAAAACGGUUAUGAUUGCAAAUAUAAGUCCUUCGCAUCUGUCUUAUGAAGAUACACAUAACACCCUCAAGUAUGCUAACAGAGCUAAGAAUAUAAAAAAUAUGGUUACAUCUAACGUGGUGGUGGUCAAACAACACCUGACCAUGUAUAUCGAUGUGAUUGAAAAACUCAAAACAGAAAUUGAAUUCUUAAAGGAACAACUACAUGAGAAGGGCAAGAUAAAUGAUUACAUGAGCUCCACCUCCACCAACUUCGAAUACUAUGACCAGCUCAAAGAGUACGAGAGAAACUGCUCCCGGGACGACCUCCUUAAUAUCAUUGCUGCGUUGAAGCGCGAGAACCAGCGCCUACGCAUGGGCGAUCCCAACGACGCCACAAGCGAGGUGGAGCACGCGACGGGCGCGGUAGAGGCGACAAACGUGACGGACAAUGUGACCGACGUGACGGGCGCGACCGACGCGGUGGAGGUCGCCAAGUACCAACAAGAGCUAACCCACCUGAGAGCCGUCAACGAAAAGCUAUUCGAGGACAACAAAAAAUUCCAUGAAAAAAUACAAGAGUGCAUGCACGUGUUGCAAAACCUACUUGUCCUCAAUGAGGAGUACAAACGCCAGAUCGAUGGCUUCAAGGCCAGGAUACACAGCAACGACGCCAACCACGUACAAAUAAAGAAGAAGCUAGACGACCUUCGAAAGAAAUACGAGAAGCUCAAGGAAAGCACGGAGGAUAAAGAAAACGACCAUGUGCUCGACAAGUGGAAAAAGGAACUCACCAAAGUGUUGGACGAGAGGAAAAAGAUAAAGUCAGUCAUUCUAAGUGUCGAGAGGAGACUCAUCACGAACAAGGAAGUUGGAACGAGCACAUUUUCCGAGGAGGAUGUCCGCGGGCUGUACCAGAAGAAAAGCAAAAUGGACGAGGAACUGCAACGGAACAUUCUGCAGACGAACGAUUUGCUAAAGGAGCUGCCACUCCAGAUAAGGGACGAAAAGACGAAAAAUUUCCUUUUCCUGUUUUACACGAACAAGGUGCUCCUGCAGGAGAAGGAGGAGCUGCAGGAAUUCUUCGAGCUGUCAUCCACCAUCAUUAGCCAAAAGGAGAAACAAAUUAGUAGCCUGAAGGACCAGUUAAAAAUGAAUGACGCGUGCGCCCCGCUACAGAUGUGA